AUUCGCUACAGCUGAUUCUGCACUUUUGGACUUUUUUACAGCGCAUUGUUCAAUUCUGAUAAUUUUUGUGGCAAAAUUCGCUUCUUUUUUUGCGGGCAUAAUUUUAAAAUAUUUUCUGCAAUUUCUGAAAUGUUGGACAAAGUGAAGCAUGUAAUAUUAGUUUUGUCUGGGAAAGGCGGUGUUGGUAAAUCUACAGUUAGCACGCAAUUGGCACUAGCACUACGGGAAAGCGGAUUUAAGGUGGGUCUAUUGGACAUUGAUUUAUGCGGCCCGAGUGUGCCUUAUUUGCUUGGUUUGGAAAAUAGCGAUGUUUACCAAUGUGAUGAAGGUUGGGUGCCCAUAUACACAGAUGAAGAUAAAAUGCUCGCGGUUAUGUCUAUUGGAUUCCUGCUAAAGAAUCGUAACGAUCCAGUUAUUUGGCGUGGACCCAAGAAGACAAUGAUGAUACGACAAUUUUUAACUGAUGUAAAAUGGGAUGAAUUGGAUUACUUGGUGAUUGAUACACCGCCCGGUACUUCAGAUGAACACAUAACAGUGAUGGAAUGUAUGCGUGAUGUGAAAUGCGAAGGCGCUAUUAUGGUAACCACCCCACAAGGAGUUGCGUUAGAUGACGUGCGUAAGGAGCUAACAUUUUGCCGAAAAACCGGUGUAAAUGUAUUGGGUAUUGUGGAAAAUAUGAGUGGGUUUGUGUGUCCACAUUGCAGCAAUUGUACAAAUAUAUUCUCAUCCGAUGGUGGCGUCGAAUUAGCGAAAAGAGCUGGCGUACCACAUCUAGGCACAUUACCAAUUGAUCCACGCUUAAAUGUAUUAGUUGGCACAACACGUUCCGUGCUUACUGAAUUGCCAGAAUCAAAUACUGCGAGCAUAUUAAAGUCCAUAGUCAAUAAAAUAACAAAAACCGAUUAGGGUAUCGGUUGCGAUUUA